AUGACUCCUCCUACUAUGAUUCAAACUGCUCCAGUUGUUGCUGAAUUCUCUAUUGAUGGUAAGAAGAAUCCAAAUAAAGUUAAUCUCAAACCAGAUGUCAAAGAAAAUGUUAAAUUUGCUGAUUGGGAAAACUUUAAAUUUGCUCCAAUGAGAGAAUCCACUGUUGCAAGAGCUAUGACUAGAAGAUACUUUGAAGACUUGGAUAACUAUGCUGAAUCUGAUGUUGUUAUAAUUGGUGGUGGUUCUGCUGGUUUAUCAGCUGCUUUUGUACUUGCAAGUACUAGACCUGAUCUCAAGAUUGCCAUAUGUGAAGCUGCAACUGCUUUUGGGGGCGGUUGUAUGAUUGGGGGCCAGCUUAUGUCUGCUAUGGUUGCCCGUAAGCCAGCUGAUUUAUUUUUAGAUGCUGUUGGUGUUCCAUAUGAAGAUGAAGGACAUUAUGUUGUUGUAAAACAUGCGGCUUUAUUCAUCUCCACAAUUGCAUCGAAGGUAUUACAAUUUCCAAAUGUCAAGUUAUUUAAUGCUACAGCUGUUGAAGAUUUUGUCACAAGAAAGGAUGAAGUUACUGGAGAAUUACGUGUCACCGGUGUUGUUACUAAUUACACAUUAGUUACUCAAAAUCAUUCCAACCAAUCAUGUAUGGAUCCACAAACUAUCAAUUGUAAUGUUGUUUUAUCGGCAACUGGCCACGAUGGUCCAUUUGGAGCUUUUGGUGUAAAAAGAUUGGAAGAAAUUUACAAAGGUGCAAACAGCAAAUUAAACGUUGAAGUCUUAGGUAUGAGAGGAUUAGACAUCUCAACUGCAGAAGAAAAUAUUGUUAAACAUUCCAAAGAAAUUGUUCCAGGUGUUGUUUUACUGGGUAUGGAAGCUGCAACUGGUUAUGGUUUAUCCAGAACUGGUGCUUGUUUCUCAGCAAUGAUGUACUCAGGUGUUAAAGCAGCUGAAGAAGUCUUGAAUGUUUAUGAAUUAAGAAAGAAACAAAACGAAUUACAGCAAUAA